CAGUAGUAAAGCCGUCGCUACUUAGCGGCUGGAGCGGCGUUAGCAACCAGCAGCCAUUUCUGUAGUUAUGUAAACAGCGGAGGAGAGAGGAUCAGUUAAUUUAAUGAAACUAGGGAUAUAUUAAUAUUUACUGUUUUAUUAAUGAUCUGAACAUGACCUCCCCAAACCCCUCCGUGUUCCUGCUGAUGAUCAGCGGGCAGAUCGAGGGCGCGCAGUUUCCAGAAUACGAUGAUUUAUACUGUAAAUACUGUUUUGUUUACGGACACGACUGGGCUCCAACUUCAGGCUUAGAGGAGGGAAUAUCUCAGAUAACAUCGAAGGGCAGAGGUUCCACUCAGAGUCUGGUGUGGAACUUUCCUCUCGACAUCACUUUCAAAAGCACCAACCCGUUUGGAUGGCCUCAGAUUGUGGUUAGUGUCUAUGGACCGGACACGUUUGGCAAUGAUGUUGUCAGAGGUUAUGGAGCAGUACACAUUCCCUUUACCCCAGGAAAACACACACGGACCAUUCCAAUGUUUGUUCCUGAAUCCACGUCUAGACUGCAGAAAUUCACAAGCUGGUUGAUGGGCAGACGUCCAGAAUACACAGAUCCCAAGGUUGUUGCCCAAGGAGAGGGAAGAGAAGUUACUAGGGUGCGCUCCCAAGGCUUUGUAACUCUGCAGUUCAGCAUCAUCACCAAGGACAUGAAGAAACUGGGUUAUGACACCACAUCAGGAGAGCAGGCGCCGGCUACUCGUCUGGCUGGAACAGAGCAGCCCUACAGAAGUUGAUGGCAGUAAGCCAAUAGACUAAUUAAUUUCAUGUUUCAUUGAUGUGCAGAGACAGUAAAAACUGUUGCUUAGCACCAAAAUAUCAGGACCUUUAGAAAGUGCUGAACUUUUAAAACUGCUGAUUUUAUAUAUUUGUAAUAAAUCUUUUGUAACAGA